UACUUGGAACCAAAUUCAGUGUCCAGUUUUAAUUACAAGAGAGCCAGCUUAGUUCAUAGUGAACUGUUGGAAAAGGAAUUCACAGAAAAACGCAGAGAGCUGAAAUUUGAUGGUCGCCUAGAAAAAGAGCUUUCUGAAACCUAUGCAUUUCUGAUGGUUGAUCGGCCUGAGAUCCAAAGCAUAUGCGAAAAGGGGCUGCAGGUGGGCCACUCCAAAAUAACAAUUCUUGGCAGCCCUUCCAUGGGUGUAUAUAUCUCCAGGUAUGCUGAUUUAUUGCAGCCUAAUCCUCUAGAAGCUGGAGCAACUGGAGAUGUCAUUGUUUUUAAAAUAAUAAAGGGAAAAAUGAAAAGCAUAUACGACCACAUUGGUAUGAAAGCAAUGGAAUCAACAGUAAAGAGUGCGUUAGAUCCAACACCAAAGCACGAGUGUCAUGUUUCAAAGAAUGCAAAUAAAGUAACUUCCUUGUUGGCUUAUCGAGCCUACGAACUUACUCAGUACUAUUUUUAUGAAUAUGGCUUUGAUGAGAUAAGGCGAAGACCAAGACAUGUUUGUCCUUAUGCUGUGGUUUCAUUUACUUACAAAGAUGAAAUGGUGCAAGUACCAAAAUUCUUGCCCCCAUCAAGAUCAAACAGCUUCAACGCAGAUAGAAGUACAGAUAAAUCUAACUAUACAUUGUGGAGGGGACAGCUUUGGAAUAAAGGCAAACUUUUGUGCCAUGUUUCCUUGAAAUCAGCAGUGUGUCCUUUCCUUCCAUGCAAGCUUCCUGAGAAGCUUGAGGUUGAAAAAGUUGUAAGCAUUGAUCAACUGAAGAAAAAAAUUUCACCAGCAUUGUUCUAUAAAGAAACUUACCUAGGAGCAAAAGAAGUGUUGAAGAACGGCAUGUACUGUAGCCUUUAUGAAGUUGUGGAGAAGUCCCGUUCUGGUAGUCACUUGGAGGGUUUACUUCAAAAGCUAGAGAAAGAGAAACUUGUUCUUGUGAAACCACUUCUGGACAGAGGAUUUCUUUUUCUUCUUUCUCCUUGGCAAAUGAGUUCCCCUUAUGACCACCAAACUGCACGUCCCCGUAUGCUACAUGCAUUGUUUCUGUUUCCAGAACCUAGAGGUAUAAUGAGCUCAACACAAAAAAGUGUUCCAUUUGGAACACAGAAAAAUUCAACUACCAUGGUGUUGCACGAAAAUCAGGAAAUCAUUCCAGAAUUCACAAAGUUUAUUCAAUCUCUACAUUUUGCUUUAAUCCAGUCUCGUAAAGACGCUACUGCAGAUUUCAAUGCUGUUGUGGAAAAGUAUAUAAAUGAGUAUUUGAAAAGAUGCUGUAGUGGCUCUGGAAAACAUAGAGAAUUUGUAAUAUAUCGGUAUGAAUCACGGUUGGAUGACAAAAAAUUUCUUUAUUCUGCUCCAAAAAAUAAAUCUCAUAUUGACAGCUCCUUGCAAAACUAUAUUUUUGGUUGUGAGGCAUAUCAACUACCUGUUUCUAGAGCUAAGGAAUUGAUGGAGGGAAAUCGGAAACUUCAACAGUUCAGUCCCAUCUCAGAUUAUGAAGCCACAGAAGAAGACUCUGAUUUUGCCAACACAAAAAGUGGGAAAAGAAUCCGUGCAAAAUACGAAGCCACUGUUGCCAAGCGAAAACUGCCUCAUUCUGGAGAUUAUGAUCCCGAUAGACUCAAAGAACUUAUUAACUUAAUCCAGUGUAGGAAAAAAAAUGUAGGUGGAGAUUCUGAUUCUGAAGACCUUAGAAAUAAAACUGGUCUGAAAAGGAAGCUGGAAAAACAGUCUGAAAAUCUGCGGAAAUACUUAAAAAUGAGUGAAUCUUCAGAGAAUAGUUGUCAGUAUGAAGGGGGCAGAACCUCGGAUUCGCCACACUCUGUUUUCUCAAUUAAUACUGGUCUUGGUGGACAUGAUACUGACUUGAGGCAGCAAGAUGUAUCCGACCCUGCUGUUACUGACACACAUGGCCUCAUUAAACUGCUUUUAGAAACACUAGCUAGUUCAGGACACUUGGAUUCAUCGUUGGCACAGUCUGUAAAUCAAGCUUUAGGAUUAAGCACUGAUGAAAUUGAAGAGGAUCUGAGACAAAAAUAUGAAUAUGAAUCCAUUCCAGCACAGGACAAAGAUGAUCAUGAGCUUCCUAAUACUGCUCAGGCUGAAAAUGUUAACUUUAAGGAUCCACAGAGCCCAGUGAUACUGGAAACUGAUGCAGCAUUCUUACCCUACCCUGUUGAUGUUGAUUUACGGCUUUCAGCUAAUGAAGUAGGCCUUGAACACACGCUACGUUUAAAAGAAGCAAGCACUGGAAGUGUAAGUAGUUUUGAAGACUACAGUCCCUGUCCUAGUACACCUAUAGAAAAUGCUUAUCGCAGGCAACUUUCCAACUCAAAUAAUAUAGAAGUUGGAAUGCACUGGAAACUUAUACCAAUUACAGGUCUGAAAUCACCAGAAGAACCACUGGUGUAUUUACCGCCAACGGAUGCCUUUCCUAAUGACCCCCGGGUAAUAAAUAGACAGAGAAGUUCUGAUUAUCAGUUUCCAUACUCUCCAUUUUCAGACACACAAAAGGGGACAGCAGAAGAUGGACUUUAUACAAGACAAGUGGAGAAACUUGAAGAUCAGUGUGGGCUAGCAGAUCACCCUUUUACAACUAAGCAUUCCAUUAGUGCAAUAAUAGAGACUACACUAUUAGAAGAGUAUAAUCUCUUUGCAAGAAAGAUUCAGGAAAUUUUGCAGCAAAAGAAUAUUGCUUAUGUUAGUGGUAUGUCCACACCAGUCUUCUCUGCCCGAGAGAGGAUAAUGAGACUUUCUGAAUACAUAUGUUUACAGGCAUCAGAGAUUUCUGUCCAAGAAUAUAUAGAGACACUGAGUGAAAAGUUGAAUAGUGUUAUUUUGUCCUCUUCAUGCGUUAGGCAUACUCCACCAAUUUAUUCCAGUCCUGAAUCGGCAGAAGUGGUCAGUAACGCUGCACUGAAUCCUCCCCCUGACACGCUACCUGUUUGCAAGGACUCUGACACGGCGUUGUUAUCAGAGCCAUUGUGUAAUAAUGUGGUGGAAGAUCUGGAUUCUAAUGAGCAGCGUUUGUCAAGCUUACCCCUAGUGAAGGAGGAAGUAGAUCACAUGAAUGCUAAACCAGAGGAUAUAUUGACAUCUGAUCAAACCUCUUCCAGUGGUGAUCUGAUGGAGCCACCAGAAAAGACACAGAAAUCCCCAGAGAACCUAAGCAUUUCAACCCAACCAGCCUUUUCUGAUUUUAUAAGCCAGUUAAAACCUGAAGUUUUUAACAGUUUGGUCAAAAUUAUUAAAGAUGUACAGAAAAACACUGUGAAAUUUUAUAUUCAUGAAGAGGAGGAAAGCAUUCUCUGCAAAGAAAUCAAGGAAUAUCUUACAAAGUUAGGUAAUACGGAGUGCCAUCCGGAACAGUUCCUUAAAAGAAGAGCUGCUUUAGAUAAACUCUUGAUAAUUAUUCAAAAUGAAGACAUCGCCAACCUCAUCCAUAAGAUACCUGGCUUAGUAACUCUGAAGAGGCUUUCCUGUGUCAGCUUUGCGGGUGUCGAUAGUUUGGAUGAUGUGAAAAACCACACUUACAAUGAACUAUUUGUGUCUGGUGGUUUUGUUGUGUCAGAUGAAUCCGUCCUUAAUCCAGAGUCCAUCACGACAGAUAAACUAAAACAGUUCUUAAAGUUUCUGGAGGAUCUCAAUACCCCAGAUGGGAAAUGGCAGUGGAAAGUCCACUGCAAAAUACAAAAAAAGCUUAAAGAGCUGGGGAGAAUGAAUGCUAACGCCCUGAGUCUGCUGACCCUUCUCAAUACCCAUCAAAAGAAGCACUUGGUUGAGAUUCUGUCUUACCAUAACUGUGAUUCUCAGACUCGAAAUGCUCCAGAACUGGACUGCCUUAUCAGGCUUCAGGCUCAAAACAUCCAGCAGAGACACGUUGUCUUCUUAACAGAAAAGAAUCUCAAAACCCUUUCAAAUUAUGUUGAUAAUGGAAUAGUGGUUGCGACUGUUGAUGACUUUAUGCAAAACUUUAAAAGUCUCGUUGGGUAUCACAACUCGGUUACUGAAGAAAACAGCCUCCCCCCCUCUGAUGCUCACAAAAGACAAUCAGGUAACGUUAACCGCACUUGUACUUCCUCUAGCUAAUCAGCUGCGGGGGGUGGAGGUCCUUGCAAUAGCGGCCUUUGCCCUUGUACAUGAACGCCGCAGAGGGCAAGGAAAACCCAACUCUCAAGCUACUCCCUUGCUGUGUUAAGUGAUGGGGGAGAAGCAGCUGGGACGGAGCACCAAAGGCGAUCUUAAAUACAGAAUUGCAGGCUAACGUGGUGUUGUGCCCCGUUCCCGAGCAGUGCAAGCAGGGAAACAGUAAUUGCCUCCUCCCUUAUGGCAACUCGCUUCACUGACGAUUGUCAGGUGAGUGAGAUGGAGGACCGGACCUUGCUCACUGCACUGACUCAGACAAAGGUCAGGCGAGUCUAGCUUAUAGCAGCAUUUCCAUACUUUAUUGCACUUAACAAUAUUCUAAUAGCAUAUAUAUGGUCUAUAGUGCACCCACGUAGCGAUGUGGGGAGAGGUACGGGGCAUGAGGAGAGGGGGAGAGGGUGUAGGGUAAGCAAUAAAGGGGGGUGAUACAACCUGUUCGGAAUUCCAGCAGCAAGUAGGAUGGGGGUCUCAGGCCAGCUGAGGGGAGCUCUGGGGGGCCGGCAUUCAGGCCUUUUGUUUGUACCCUCAUUAGUGCGUAGUCACAGCGCGUGUAGCCUAACGCUAAGUUCUGCGCUCGCCUACUCGCAAAGCCAAUGCCAUAUGUGGGUUACAAACAAGAGCGGACAGUGCUUAACAUAGCAACAGGGGAAAGAGGAACUUCCAGUGGUUCGGCACAAUGUUCUCAGUACCACAGUUCUUGAGCACGAGUUGUUAUGAUCUAGUUAGGUACGCGUGACAGUUUCCUCCCUGGCAGUUAAUAGUAUAAGCUUCCCCAGGGUAGUCCUGGCUCCUGACAUGAGUCUGGGCUGCUCAGGCUCUUGACAUGAGUUUAGGCUGCUUCUGCAAGUAGCAGAUAAGAAGCAAGGGGAGUGACAGAGGCAUUUUCUGCACAUUCGAGGCAAGCGUUGACAGAUAGCGAGAGGCUGUCAGGCUUCCACCCAGCCCCGCUCCCCACUGUGGCACGGCGAUGGCAUCCUCGCCUUCAGUGGGUUCUUUCAGCCAGGCUGAGCCUCCUCACAUGCUGUUCAAGAAAGUCAGGCCUGUGCCAGCGUGGUGUAACGUCUGUUUUCAGGAAAAGGAAACAUGAUGAUAGCUUUAGAGAGCGUAACAAAAGGACUGAGAUGUCAGUAAUUGUACUCCUUUAAUUGUCUGAUCAAAUCCUCACCUACUGUGUAACUUCAGAUGCUGUUUUGACAUUAACCCCUUUGGAGCUGGGAGUUGGGAUUUCCCAACACUAAACAUGAACACAAUGCGCAGAAGCUUUUAGCAUCGGAAUAACUGGACACUCACACAGAGGGUUAAGUGUGUAUGUUGAUUAAGUGAACCAGAGUGGCAGAAGACCAAGACUUAAGUGAUAUUGGACUUGCAGACCUGAAGCGUAACACUGUGUGAGUAGUGUAUAGCUUUUCUAACCAAAGUUUGUAUUUCAAUAGAAUAGGCCUUUCUCUUUUUCUUAAUGUAGUUCUUGUAGAAAGCGAUG